CUUUGUAGCUUUUAGCUUCUCUGCAGACAUGUGGUUUAAACUGCAUUAUAAUCACACUGUUCUCGUUAGAUAAUGCUACCAUGGCAGCUAUUAUAUACCACAUAUUGUAAAGUAGUAAACCUAGUUGUGUUAAUAUGAUUAUAAACAGCAGAAUGAGGGCUUGUUUUGGUGUCAAAACUCAGCAGUUGAUCAGCAGAGUCUUCAGGCAUCCUGUCCAUCCUUCAGCAGCAGUGGGAUGGCGAUUGGCUCAGAGCAGACUCCUCUCAGCAGGUGAAUCUAAGCCCCGCCCCUCCAUGCUGAAACACCUGACCUUCAAAAUAAAAGCCACUGGUCCCAUCACAGUGGCGGAAUACAUGAGAGAGGUGCUCACCAACCCAGUGACGGGUUAUUAUGUGAGGAACAACAUGCUGGGACCUGACGGAGAUUUCAUCACUUCACCAGAAAUCAGCCAGAUUUUUGGAGAGCUGCUCGGUGUGUGGAUCCUCAGCGAGUGGAUGGCAGCCGGUCGACCCAAACAUCUGCAGCUGGUCGAGCUCGGACCUGGAAAAGGAUCGUUAGCCAGCGACAUCCUCAGAGUGUUCAACCAGUUAAAGUCGGUGCUGGAUGGAUGCUCGGUGUCUCUCCACCUGGUGGAGGUGAGUCCGGGUCUGAGUGGCGUUCAGGCUCAGACUCUGACGGGGGGGAGCAGCGUGGAGUCGAGCAGCGAGGACGACCCGGUGUUCAGACGAGGGGAAACGAGCGCCGGGCUGCCGGUGUUCUGGUACCGCUGCCUGGAGGACGUGCCUGCAGGAUUCAGCAUCUUUAUCGCUAACGAGUUCUUUGACGCUCUGCCCAUCCACACAUUUCAGAGGACGCCUAAAGGCUGGAGGGAGGUUCUGGUGGACAUCGACCCGGAGAAACAGAACCGGCUGAGGUUCGUCGUCUCUCCGUCUCCCACACCUGCCUCGUCCGCGCUCAUACAGCCUGAGGAGAGGAGGUCUCACGUGGAGGUGUGUGCAGACGGGGGGGUUCUCGUGCAGCAGAUUUCUCGGAGGAUCGUUGAAGACGGAGGAGCCGCUCUGAUCGCCGAUUACGGACACGAUGGAACGAAGACGGACACGUUCAGAGGUUUUAAAGGCCACCGGCUGCACGACGUCCUCUCCUCGCCCGGAUCAGCUGACCUCACGGCUGACGUUGAUUUCAGUUUCCUGCGGACGAUGAUCGGAGGGGGCGUGGCCUGUUUGGGACCUGUCACUCAAAAUAUGUUCCUGAAAAACAUGGGCAUCGACACCCGCAUGGAGGUUCUUCUGAGGAACUGCAGUCACGGGCCCACCCGUAUGCAGCUGAUCAGAAGCUACGACAUGCUGAUGAAUCCGGAGAAGAUGGGCGAGCGCUUCCUGUUCUUCAGUCUGCUGCACCACAGCCGGCUCGCCGAACCCAAAAAAUCAGAGGGUAUGAAGCUGGAGGAUAAGAGCCCGGCGCCGCUUCCUGUGGGCGGAUUCACCGAGAUCAGCUUCUCCUGAGACUUUAGAGACUCUGGAGACGUUUACAAGCUCGGGACGGACAUUACGGGACAUUUCAGAAGAUCAUGUUCAUGGGACGAUACUGUUUGUAAAGCUGACAGAGAUAAAAAGUAUUUAUAAAAUGUA